CAUGUUCUAUUUUCUUUCUUCGUAAAACUCUUUAUUUCAUCUUUUUUCUCUCACAACCUACCAUUCACAAACCCUAAUCUCAAUAGGGAAAUUGCGUAUUUCGAGCUCGAAAUUGGCGAUCGAUCUUCUCCAGAUCUUAUCUCUACUUGUUGCCAAUCAAGAAUUAUGUCUUUUGUGCGGCCUCAGCAGCCACGAGGUGGAAAAUUUCACAGAGAUCAUAGAUCAUCUUGUGCUAGAAAUAGCAAUAUGGCAGCGAGGGCCACUGGUGCAGCUACUAAUUACUCGGGGAACUAUGGCAUGGAUGACUACAAUAACUACCGUGACUUUACUCAAAUGUAUAGGUUGGAUGGACUCAUGUAUGACCGUCGUGGGCCUGAUCUUGAACCAUCUUCCAAAAGGAGAAAGACUUCAACUUUCGCUUGUGAAAGCACCAGGAUCAUUUAUCAGCAGCAAGAGAUGUACCAAAAUGAUCUUGUACGUGCUGACCCAUGCCAGCCUUCCAAAUGCUACAAUGCUUGUGCCGAUGCCCAAUUAGUCUGCAAAAGUUCUGCAGCUGUUGCUGAGGCCAGGUCUGGUGGCACCAAUGCGAAUGCUUUGUCUCCAUCAAAGCGUGACCGGUUAAAUUCUGAGGAUGAGGAAGUGGUUUUCAUGUCGAGGGAUGACAUAGAGAAGUGCUCUCCUUCAAGAAAAGAUGGCAUCGAUCAGCUGCAUGAAACAUAUCUACGAUACUCGUAUUGUUCCUUCCUUCAAAAUGUUGGGGCUAGCCUUCAUCUACCACAAACAACCAUUGGGACUGCCAUGGUGCUCUGCCAUCGUUUCUUUGUUCGCCGCUCUCAUGCAUCUCAUGAUAGAUUUCUGAUAGCUACUGCAGUACUCUUCCUGGCUUCCAAGUCUGAGGAGACACCGUGUGCUCUGAACGAUGUAUUAAAAGCGUCGUGCGAAAUUCUCCACAAGCAGGAUUUCUCAAUUCUCUCAUAUAUGUUACCCAUUGAUUGGUUUGAAACAUAUCGUGAACGGAUGAUUGAUGCUGAGCAAUUGGUCUUAACAACUUUAAAUUUUGAGCUAACUGUGCAGCAUCCAUAUGAAUCUUUGACAUCUACGCUUCAGAAACUAGGCUUUGCACAGUCUGUCUUGGUGAAUAUGGCUCUGAACUUUGUCAGUGAAGGGGUUUAUAGAAGAUUAGCAUGCACCCAUUAUGAUAUUAAUAGCUGGAGGUUGAUCUGCUGAUCAUCAAAUGUGUUUUUCAUCUGAAGUUGAACUAGAGAUAUCUUGUGGAUUCCUUUCCAAUUCUGACAUCUUAAUAGCAUGCUCAUUUGCUGUAGAAGAUAGUUUGUGGAUUAAUUAUCUUAUUCUCCAUUUAGAUAUUGAUAUGUGUUCAUUGAAAUACAGCAUGGAGGAUGUCAUUGUCUUACUCAGUUUCGACAUAGGUUGCUUAUAAUCAAUCUGAGAAUACCUACAGAUUUUUUGCUUGGUGAUAGUGGAACUUGCGGCUCAUCAGCCGCAUCUAGUGACCGAUUCCUUUUUCACACUUUGCUUCCUGAAACCAUUUGUGUUCUGGUGACUUAAUUCCUUUAAAUUUCACCCUUCCAUACAUCACCCACUAAAAGUACUCCCUAUUUUUUCUAACCUCUCAAUUGUUUUCUCUUGCUUCCCAUUUUUUUCUUCUAUUCUUUGGUGAGCACAUCUUCCAGCUCAAUAAUUUUGAAGUUCUUCUGAUUUUUGAGCUCCUGACUUCUGCUCAAGCUGUUCCCGUAUAAUUUUAUGGUGGUAUACUGAGCUUUGAUGAGUAAGAGAUGUGUAUGUCAUGUACCGAGAAACUCCUAUUCAAGGCCUCAAACCUCAGUCCUCUGUCCAGCCAUAUAGGAAAAGAAAAGGUAUGGAUACUUACCACAGUAGUGGAAGCAUGGCCAGGAGAGGUGGGGAGUCCCUACUUGAAUUUUAAAGUGAAGUUGGCUCCUCUCAACUUGGAAAACUCGUGCUAUAUUAUUGACCUGUUCGGACUAUCCAUCCACGAUGAUCAUCAUUGUCAACUUCUAUCUUUCCCUGUUCAAAUUUGGGUUGGGAGGUCGGGUGUAACAAUAGUCAUGUGUUCUAUAGAGUCGG